UAUGCAGGACAUGCGCUUAUCGUCAUGCGAAGAGUAAAAUCUUUUUCCUCGUUCGUUCGUGCGAAAUAAAAUGUGUCUGUCGAGUGAAGAAAAUUAAAAUUUGUUUUGAAAAGUGCACUAAUUUCGGUCGCAAAAUAAGAUAUUUGCGUUAGAAAUCGGGAAGCUUUUUACCAUGUGCUGAGGGAUAUCUAUCGAUUUUCUUUCUGUUGCAUGUGGAAAUAGCAUGGAUUACAUCGUAAUCUAUGUACACUUGAUUUAAGGUGGUUGAUAAAAAAAAGUGUUUGAUAAAAAAGUACCAUAGUAUUGCGAUGGGAAAAUGUGCGGAUAUCUCAACUAUUUGACGGAAAUGUUGAUUCAGGAUGAAAGUGGAACAGGUCACCAAGAUAUGACCUAUUAAACCAGCACUUUUGUUGUGAUAACAGUGUUUGAAGAUGAUACAUAAGCAGCAACCAGACAAUAUUCCCCCCACAUAAUAUCGAGCUGCAAACGCCUCUUCCGUUGACCUCCUAAUAAUUACCGUAGCAGACCUGAAAAUAGGUUGCACCCGACUAUUAUAGGAUAGGGGCAUAUCGUCGUUACAUAAAUAUAGUGUGCGAAAUAGCUGCGGGAAAACAAUCGAACGAAACUACCGCUAUGGAUAACGCUAAUGGAGACCGAAAGCACCAAAACCCAACGAUACUCCCUCCCGAUCAUGUAUCAUCACCCUCACACCCAACCAGAAAGCAAAAGCGACUUGGUCCCGCGCCGAUUGCAUCAAUUGAGGAUACGACCCACGAAGAUAAGCAUAGAAUGGAAGCUACAGGCCAAAGUCACAAAUCUCGUUGGUAUAGCGCCAAGGAAUGCGAAUCGCCAAAGAGGCAGUCGCCUCCGAGUGCAGUUGGUAGCACAAGUGCACUAGCUCCUUCGACGCCCAGAAUCGACAUUAGCAGAGCUUCGUCUCACUCGUCACACCACGACAGCAGGGACAGCAGCCCGGAAAAUGUGUUCGACCAGGUUGGGACUGGCACAUUGCAGGAUUCUGGUGUUCUUGGAUACAGAGAGGAGGGAACAAUGGACUUACGAAGCUCUACCGAAGAAUUGCAGUUCAUGGAACCAGAAAAAGGAAGAACCGAAAGAGAAAAACCACAAGCACCGCGAUACUCCCCCGUGAUGUUUAAAUUUGAUGAACCACAAUCAAUUUCACUUCAUCAUCAGCGCAAAGAUUCUGCAAGUUCGGAAGUUGCUGCAUUUUUGUGUAUUUCUGGUCGUACUAGUCGUAUAUCUAGCGUUGGAAGUCAAGGGUCAGCCAACAGUAAACUAUCUGCUGUGUCCGGAGUGUCUGGAAUAUCUCGUUCACCUUCCCCUCAUCGUAUGCUGCUGGAAACAUCGUUCUGCGGUCCUAAACCCUUACAUGGGAUCACCGAUGGAAGCAUUCCAAGUAGUAUUGAACCGUCAACUGCCAAAAUGCUCGAGCAAGUUAUCCUAUCAAGAAAAAAGGAUCCUACUGAGGCCGUUAUAGCAGAAGGUGUCAACAUGGAUACCACAUUCACAGCGGUGAAAAGCAAUAAUGUACCAGAAACUGAAUUGAUCCGACGGAAAUCAGACAGCAAUGCAAACAUAACUCGAAAGGAGGAACUGAUUCAACCACCGCAAACCAGUAGAAGUAUUUCAAAUAAGCGUUACAUUCCACCAACUGAUUUAAAUAAGCCGAUAGUAGGUGUAAUGCCAAGUGGAACUGAAUACAUAAGAAUAAAGUUAAAGCCAGACCACUGCUAUAGCGAUAAUGGAAUAGCUGAUAACGAAAGAAUAAUGGAAGAUGAUCAGAAGAAACCCCGCUCGUUGAAUCUUGAAAGUUCACGAGACAAAAGAGAGGGAUCGUCUCGUGCUGGCACUAGCGUUAGCCCCAAACCAACUCGUCAUGCCAAAUUAUCACGUGAGAACGGCAGCCGAUCACCAUCUCCCGCGAAUACAACAUUCUCAAGAAAAAGUUCCUUCUGCUCUAUAUUCAAGCUGAAAGAUUCAGCUAGCCCUGAUUCUCCCGGUGGUAGCCAUAUGCGAAAGAAGAGUGGAUCAAACAUUUCCCACGAGUUUAGGGAACGAUCGCGUAGUAAGAGCAGAGAAAGGGAUACGGCUUCUUUAAACACUACUCCAAGCAAACAAAAGUCUGUGUUAGCCAUCUUCAAACCCAAGAAAAAUGGUACAAAAUCAAAAUCCCCUUCUCCUAUUGAUGCUAAUCCUCAUGGUACACUAUCUAAUGUAGCAAACGUUGAGUUUAAGUUCAAACAUGAAUCUCCAUCUACUGCAAACCCUCGCCCUAACUUGAGAUAUUACGAUACACCAUUAGAUGGUAAGAGCAUACAUAUUCCUCUGCACACCCCGCCAGAAGAAAAGCAAAUGAAACCAUUGUUAUCCACUAAUCCAGCACCGCCUUUAAAGCCAGAACCGGAGAUAGUUCCUGACAAAGUCUCUCCUUCGACCCAAUCUGUGAAGCUAAGCAAUAAUUGUAUCGUUACUAUUCACAAUAGACCUAAGCCAAUGCCACCCUUGAAGUGCUAUCGAAUAGAAAACCCUGAUGGUACCAUAACAAUACCAUUGAGAUCUCCAACUGAGGAGAAGGAACGUGAUAGUUUAUGGAGCAUGGAAGUGCAACGCAACAGUUCACAAGAUAGCCAAGACACAGUUAUUUCAGCAGCAGCACACCAACCUAGCAAUACGUUACCAACCAAUACAGCAAAUGCCUUACCUUCAGCCAAUCAAUCGAACCAGAAUGGUGUCGUCCCUAGUCCAAAGUCCAACGAAAAUGAAGCCGUUGUCCCAGUUGUAACUGAAGUGAAUAUUGAACACCAGGAAAUGAAACAAGCCGCAGCGAUUGCCAAUAUGACCGCCAAAGAGAGGAAACAACUUCUUUUUUCAAUGAAAGUAGGUUCCGGCAGCCAAGAGCAAACUUUCACUACUCAGUUCAGCAUUUCGAAAACCGAAAGCCAGUGUAGUCAGCUAUCGGAAGCAGUUCAGGCUGGGUCAGUAAACGGAGAAGCAGCUGGCAAAACGGAGUUGUCAGCGAGUGAAACACCACCUGUUGUAUAUCGUAAUAAACAAAUAGAUAGUGUAAAAAGACGAAGUCCAAAAGAGCGGUUCAGUAGGUCAGACAGCACAUCCGGCGAUUCCAUAGAUUUUCAUCGUCAUUCACGCUACAUAGAAAAUCCGGAAGAAAUACUUAACAUGCAACAAAAAUCCGAAAUGGCUAGACGCAAGAAUGAGCUGAAUCCCACAGUAAGCGAAGAAUCUUCUGUUUCUCAAGAUACUAGUCGAGAUGACAGCACAGUUAAGAUGUCUUCAAAGACCAAGAGUGCUCUAAAUGUACCAGAUAGAAAGUCUACUGCUUCCAACGACGAACAAGGUGUGUCAUCAGAGAGCGAAAAGGAUUCCGAAGUGGACUCCACGACCACGAGUAAGCACAUGCAUCCCAACAUGUUGGCUAUUGAAGACCACGAGAGUGCGGGAUUAGUGUUGCAAGAGUCAUUCGACGAUGAACUGCCGUACAUACCGACAACGUUACCAGAAGAACGUUCCGUUGGUGUCAAACUGGUACCGAUGAAAGAGCGGGCACAGAUGGAAAUGAAGACAUGCCCACUUGAAAGGCCUAGAUCUACAACACCAAUUCACCCUGCCUCACUAGAAAACUAUUGUGGUAUUACACAAAUAACAGACGAUACCGAUGGGCAUCUAGUUCGUGGCGAAAAACUUAGAAUAAGCCUACCAAAAAAGCAUGACAUAGCAAUGGAUAAAGCACCCAAAUCAAGAUCGCCUCGAAAGGCUUCAAUUUCGUCCGGCAAGAAUUGGUUCGAAUUCGCCGAACAGGGAAUAAGUAGUACCAGCCAGGCACAAACAUCCAACAAUGGGGAAGAGAGAACAUUCACCAGCCAAUCGUCUAAUGUAGAAGAGGAGCCGCCUCCUCUACCACCACGCAAAGGCUCGACACAGCAGUGGAUAGAUUUUGAAAGUAUUCCGGAGAAAAGGAAACCACCUAAGCGCAUUACUACUUUACCGCAAGCAGAGUCAGUAGAUGACAAAGCCCCAAUGGCCGGGGUGGUGUACAACUACGUUAAACCGGAGGAAUGUCAAUGCGAGUGUCAUGAAAGCGAACGGGAAGGUGGAAAGCAGACGCAGCAGUCGAUGCACGAUCAUGAAAUUGAAGACGAACAACCACUUCUGCAGCAAGACUUGUCGGACGAAUCUAACAUGAGCGGCAGAGAUGAACAUCUUCAGCGAGGAUCUUUCGAUAGGCAUCACAUGAAUGAAGCUAAUACGAGUCAAAAACAACUCUAACGGCAAAUUUAAUCUGUUCUGAGCAUAGACAAGCAUCUUGCACCGUUUAAGAUAAGUCAAACAUAAAUCGUCGAGAUAACUUAAUCAAGCAGUAACUUUCCUCUUUUCAUCAUCACAUAACAAAACGAUCAAAGUUGUAUGUAGGCUAAACCAGAAAUAUUAGCUCAAAAUAGUUUGUUAAAUAUAAACAAUGUUAAAAGUAUAUAUUUUUCCUGAUAGCUGGCGAGAAAUGCUAUUAAGCUCUAGAAUCAUAUUCAAAAUACCAUACUAAAUACAAAAUUUCAUCUGUAGAUUAAGCAAGAUGUUCAACAUGCCUGUUUGUUUUACUAUCGAUUGUUAAUUUGGUUGGGUUGUGUUAAUAUGUUGCAAUUUCAAUGUUUUACGAAUAAAAUGUUUGUGAAUAGCUUUACACCUAAUUUAAUAUAUCAUGAAGACGUUGCAGAUACACUGUGUUCGAUCGUUUGAUUUUCUAGUGACACGGAAUUGAAUAUGAUCUACUUGUGAGUAAAACUGAUUACAUAGUAUAGAUAAUAGUAGUUCUAUAACUCCAGUGUUUUGUUUUUUUUUUCUUACUUGUGAUUGAAAAACAAACAAUAUGAAACUAUUUUUUUAUAUAAUUGCUGAGUAUCCCAGAUGCUCAUUGGCAGUGCAUUCUUUUUAGAAUGAAAAUACGCUUUGUUCAAAGACUCUCAAAAAGUUACAAGUGAUGGACUCAUGUUUAACCCUUAUGUGGCCGACAGGGUACCCGGGUACCCAACGCCCAUUUAAAAAGCACGGUGUAGAAAAAAAGCAAGAAGUUUGUUGGUCGCAUAACGGUUAAACGACCACAAGUAUGAAUAAAUAAAAGUAGUAAUGCCAAGCUUCAUGAGAUAUUUAAUUCGUUAGGUUAGUUUUACGGAAUAUUUGA